GUUCUUGUCGGGUGUUUGUCAGCAGGAUUUGAGUGGAGUAAGUGUUGGUUGGUGUCCGGUGAACGUAGGAAGUGCGCGAGAAUAUGAAAUACCACGUUGUGGCAAUAUUAAUUCUUGUCAUCUCUGACGGGUUUGGAUAUCCUCAAGGGGAGGCGCAAAUUUCAGAUGUGUCCGCCGAGGACGACAGCGACAACAGCGACAUGUUUUUGGAACCCCAAGAAUCCCGUGUAGAAGAGACCGACGACCGUGAAGCCAGUCAACAGACCUUUUACCCAUCAUAUUCGCCGUUUCAGAACCCACCUUUGGGCCAUUCUCGGCCCUUCUUCUUCCAGCAGGAAGGAGCGUAUAGCCAACGACCCAAUGCCGGUUACCAACACCAGCAACUUUCCUACGACUCGCCCAGAUUCAGCGGAUAUAAAGAUACAGGAUAUCGGACAGCGGCCAAUGCGGAAGCGCGAGGUCUUCUAGGAUCAGGAAAUUUCGGCGUAAUUCGCGGCGGCACUUUUUACGAUAAAGACUCCGAGUCGGGUCAUUACGAAAGAGAUUACAGUCCGUUCUUCAAGAACGGUCAUGGUAGACCCUCGUACCAUGGAGUGCCAAAUCCCAGGCCGCAUCAGCACCAACAGUUUGAGAAUUUCAGAGAUUUCGCCGAUAUUAACACACCCAAUUCGGCCUAUUCACAAUAUGUUGUUGUUUAUGUGAAUAAAAAUGCCACGAAACAUCAUGAGGAAGUUAAGAAGCCGAAGAAUAUUAUCGAGAGUUUAGCCCUUUUGGAUUCUGAAGUUACAACUGAAAUACCGGUGAAGAAAUUGUCGAAGUCGAAAGCUAAACUUGCAAAGUUGUUGCCUGAGAAGAAAUAUAAGCUCAAGAAGAUCCCGAAAGAAUCGAAAGCUUCGCGAGAGUUGCAUGAACCGUUGUUAGCUCUGAGUUAAAGUGUAAUUUAGCAUUUAUUAAACUGUUUAAUUAAAUGAGUUUUGUGUUAGUUAAGUGAUUUUAAUGAAUGCAGAACAUUAGUACCUGACCAAAGUGCUGUCUAUCUUGACUGCAGUUGAGUACGUGUCAAAGUUUUAUUUAAGCUCAACAGUAUUAUUAAUUGUGUCUUUGUAUUUCCUCAAUUAUUUAAUUUUAACUGUCUUUAGCUAACAUAAAUCUAAUUUGAAUUUUAGAAUAAGGUAGAGUAGUUGUUCAAUGACUGAUAAUUUGUUGUAACUUCUGAUAAAAAGUUAUAGCUUGCAGUUACCAUUACAAAAUAAUUGUUUCUUGUACAUUAGAUGUGAAUUACAGUUUAAAUAGACGUUUUUAUAUAAA